AUGGGCAGUUCGGUGGCAAAUGUCGUUCAAGACUCGCCCUUGGGGCAGGUCAUCCGGUUUCUCUCCCGGAACAGGGUUUUUGCCUUCCCGGAGGACGACCCUAACUUCAAAAUUCCCUGGGAAGAUGCUUCUGUAUCGGAGAAGGAGCAGGAAAUUGAAGCGGGGACAGAUUUGAGUCGAGCUCCCAGUAACCUCACUCCUCCAGCGACGAUAGCCACCCGUGAAGAUGUUGAAGCUCAAGGCUUGACGACCAUCGCCACCUCUCACUCGGCUGCCCGUUCACAGAUUGGGAUUGUCGCGACCAGAACGAUCACCCGAGAGCGGACCCUGCCAUACUCGGUUGAACGUUUCGAAGUCGAACAGGCAGAAGCCAUGGAGCGUCAACAGAGCAUGGUGAUCGCUCCCCAGAGGACGGCUGACGGUGUCAUCCUCGUCGACUGGUAUACCACCGAUGAUCCGGCAAACCCACAGAAUUGGAACAGUUGGAAGAAGGCCUGGGUGUCUACCGUCAUUUGGUUGUAUACUUUUGCCGUAUACUGCGCCAGUGCCAUCUAUACCUCAGCCGAACCGCAGGUCAUGGAGAAAUUUGGAGUUGGUGAGAGCAAGGCUGCGCUAGGUCUCAGCAUGUAUGUUCUGGGCUAUGGGAUGGGGCCGAUGCUCUUCUCUCCCCUCUCAGAGGUGCCAAUCAUUGGUCGGAAUAUCCCAUAUGUCGUUUCAUUCGGCUUGUUUGUGAUCCUCUGCGUCCCAACUGCAUUAGCCAACAGCUAUGCUACUCUCUUGGUUCUUCGAUUCUUGACAGGUUUCAUGGGAAGUCCCUGUCUGGCGACCGGUGGCGCCACCAUGGGAGAUAUGUAUGGGCUUUUAAAGCUUCCCUACGCAUUGACUGCCUGGGUAGCAGCUGCAUUUUGUGCCCCAGCCGUUGGCCCUCUUUUGUCUGGUUUCAGCGUGGUGAAGGAGGGCUGGCGUUGGGCUUUAUGGGAAGUGCUCUGGGGCGCGGCGCCAGUCUUUAUCAUCAUGUUCAUCUCCAUGCCGGAAACAAGCGCCCAUAAUAUCCUGCUUCGGCGCGCACAACGCCUUCGGAAGCUCACUGGCCGUCAGAAUCUCAAGUCUCAGGGCGAAAUCGAUCAGGGGAACCUGAGCUUCGGCAGGAUUGCCGCCGACCAACUGUGGAAGCCCAUUGAGAUAUGUAUCAAAGACCCCGGGGUCUUGUUCACCAAUAUUUACACCAGUCUAAUCUACGGAAUCUACUACUCCUUCUUCGAAGCGUUCCCCAUCGUCUAUGUUGGUAUCUACGGCUUCAACAUAGGCGAACUAGGGAUCGUCUUCACGUGCAUCGUGGUGGGCUGUGUAAUUGGAAUCGCGAUCUAUUGCUCCUACGUCUACUGGUAUCUGGAGCCUGAUAUCAAGAAGAACGGGUUGCGCGCACAGGAACACCGGCUCGUGCCGGCCUUGUUUGCCGUCACGCUCAUGCCUGCGGGAAUGUUCUGGUUCGGCUGGACAGCACAGUCCGAUAUCCACUGGAUCGUGAGUAUCAUCGGCAUCACCUUCUAUGCCGUUGGCGCCUUCGUCGUGUUUCAGUGCAUCUUCAUGUACCUGCCCUUGACAUACCCACAAUACGCAGCCAGUCUGUUUGCCGCCAAUGACCUCUGUCGCUCCGCUCUAGCUGCGGGCGCCAUCAUCUUUUCACGCCCCUUAUACAUCAACCUGGACAUCGGGCGAGGCAUCAGCGUGCUCGCGGGGUUGCUCGUCGGCGGCGUCCUUGGCAUGUGGGCUCUAUGGUACUUCGGCGCCAGUCUCAGAGCCAGGAGCAGGUUUGCCCAGAGCUGA